AUGUCGACCGCCAUCCCCUUACUCCUAAAGUCACAACGCGCCUGUACCUUCUGCCGUGAGCGGAAACAAUCAUGCGACAAAUCCCUUCCAAAAUGCUCGCGAUGCGAUUUGAAGAAGAGACGGUGCGACUAUUCGCUCAACAAGUUUUCACCACGAAGUGAGACCACAUCACAUAAUCUGCACCAAGUUUGGGGGCCAAUAGUAACCCCACGUGAACCCUGCGGUUGCCUUGAGAUUGAGGAGGAGCGCGAGAUUGGACUCCCAGGGCGUUGUAGUGGCCUCGGCAAAGAGAGAUCGACUGCACAGUUUCACGGCGAAUAUGUCACGCGGCUUUUCAGGUCAGUGAUAGAUGCUGAAUUUGACGGCUUCAGGGGUAUCGUAGAUCGAUACCUCCAUACCAUUCAAAGAUGGCUUCCCAUUCUCAGCAGGGAAGCACUGGAGCAUGCCGUCAAGAAACCUCAGGACCAAUACGUGUCAUACCUUGACGCCCAUGCCUGUCUGCUCUUUCUCAGCAUGCGUUUAGUUUCCCAGGGUCGUUGUCCCUCCUUCCUUCAUGAUGCCGGACAAAGCAGCCUCUACCUCACAGCAAGAAGCCUGUUUGUACGCUUCCAAGAUGAGAAGCAAUGGCCACUUAGUUUGCUGCAAGCCGGGAUUUUAAUCGCGACAUAUGAAUGUGGCCAUGGCCUAGCAAGACAGUCAUAUCUCACUCUGUCUUCGUGCGUAGCCAUGGCCAGGCUGAUGAGGAUUGACCAAGAUCUUGCCUCUCAAUUAAAUGUCGGCCCGGAGGAUGCCCCUGAUCCUAAACUGCUGUGUUGGAGUGCUAUAGUUAUUAUAGACCGUUUAAUCGCUCUGGCCAGUGUUGACGACAUUUUCCCCUUGCUAGUCCCACCACCUCCAGACAGUUCCUUCGAAGCGUCACUGGAGUGCUUGCAAACCAGACUAGCGGCGGCUAAGAAAUACGAAAAGAAUCACUGGUCUUUUGAAUCGACAGCUGCAGCCGCGGAAAUGAUUGGUGAGGCGCUCACCUUUGCGCCGAAUUGCUCGAGGGUGCCGACUCACCGACUGGACUUGGUCAAAUCAAGAACAGACACACUCGUCGCAGCGCUGCUUGAGAUUAGCCAGAUCGCUCCUCUUUUAACUUGUGAGGUUGCUCCGUUGUCUAUCAGUGCCGUUGCUGCUGUACGCCUCAGAUGUGCUAUGAGUGGUGAUGAGCGGUUCAUCAGCAGUAGAGCCACCGAAGAACUACGGUCGACUUUCAAGAUGAAGUUAGAUGAGAUCCGGAUGGGUCCUGACUAUGUCACGGGUCCUGGUAUAAACAGGAUAUCUCUCCUAGUACUUUGUUCCAUGUUUCGAAGCGUGCUGCAUCUAAUUCGAUAUUUCUACCACGAGUCGCUAGAAACCGACUUGAGGAGGAUCAAAUCAUGCCUGCUAGCGCUUCGAGAGCAUUGGAGCCUUGGAGACCUGUACUUGAAGGAGCUGGAUGAAAUAGUGGCACUUUCGAAGCAACACUAA